GGCUAUGCGGUAGUGAAAUUACCCAGUUGCCAACAGUUACAAAACCUUCAAUUGUGUGUAUAUUUCACCCUGUGGGUAACGUUAGUCUCUUUCGAAACACAUUUUCCGUUGUCGGUAGACCUAUACUUUUCAAAACUUUUCCUAUUGUUUUCUUAAUUUUUCAAUAAUUAAAUAUAAGAUUAGCUGAAAGUGUAUUAUUGGGUCAGAAUUCUGUCAAAAUAUCUUUCGCUUUAUUGAAAUUUAAUCAAACGUAAAUCAAUAGCAUUAACUAGCAAAGAUCACGCGGCGACUGUUUAAUUAUUUGACCGUUGCGCUAAGCGGCGCACCGAGUUUAAAAUUUGAGCGCUAGGUGGCGUUUGGUGACGUUCUAAAAAUCUAUAACAAAAAAAUAGAAAAGUAGCGCAUGCGUUGCUGGUAAGACCUCCCUUCGGCUCUUCAUCUGCUGCUGGUUUGUGCUGUUGUAUUUAUCCGAGUACUACAGUCCCCGGCUGUUCGACGUUUUCUCUCUUGGGCGAAAAAGAGAACAACGUUACACAAGUCCUUGGGGUUUAUCGUCUGGUCCGGUUUUUUGAUCAGUUUGUUUUGUGAUGUCUCUCGUGACUGCUGCACCUUGGUAUUCUUCCGUUGUAUGUUGAGUUUCAGCAAUAUAAACACACAAAUCCCUGACACAUCGGACAAAUUCGGCUACUACUUUCUGCACUUCAUUCGUCUGCUUCUCUGCAAGACGUCUUCACGCAGCAUCCCACUUUGCAAUUCAAAGACUGAACAUCCUGUCUGCUAGACAUUUUGCCUUUCGUGCUGUCACUGCUUACGUGAGCGAGAGCAUGCGAGGCUGGGGCGAAGAUGUCCGUCAUAUUCGACCGUCCGACUAGCAGCGAUCUUCCGUCCAUCACACCGAUGGGACUUUUACAGCCACAUCCGACAACGACAAGUCGGUCCAUCUCUGAGCCGAGCGAGCUGGAGCAAUUCGCUUUUCUCCGACGACGUCCUUUACCCGCUCAAGCCGAACCGUCAUUCUUCGAUUUCGAAGAACGUGGUUCGCUGGAUCAUUCGGAGCUGAACGGGCCGUCGUCGCCUCGUAAUAAGCCUCCGUGGAGCAGCGCCGUCAGCAGCCCUCGCCGUGCCCGACCCGUGUCAUCUUGCCAGGCUUUACGUCACGCCGUCUCCAACCUCAACCGUCUCGAUGAUUUCUACUGUGAAAAAAUCGGCGCCGGAUUCUUUUCGGAAGUGUUCAAGGUGACUCACCGGACCACGAACGAGGUGAUGGUUCUGAAGAUGAAUCUACUGGCUUCCAACCGGAAGAACAUGCUCCACGAAGUUCAGCUGAUGAAUCGACUCUCCCACCCAAACAUUCUCAGAUUCAUUGGAGUCUGCGUUCACGGUGGCCAGCUUCACGCUCUGACCGAGUACAUCAAGGGCGGUAGCCUGGAACAGCUGAUUCUGAGCGACGAGGAGAUACCGUGGAGUUUGCGGAUGAAAAUCGCCUGCGACACCGCCAAGGGAAUGAGAUACUUUCACUCUAAAGGUCUCUUUCAUCGAGACUUAACCUCCAAGAAUGUUCUCAUUCAACGAGACGACGAGACAGACGAUCUAACGGCCGUGGUUGGCGACUUUGGACUAGCCACAAAAAUUCCCGACGCCAGGUAUAGUUACCGUUUGCCAACGGUCGGAAGCCCUUACUGGAUGUCUCCGGAAUGUCUGAAAGGCAAAUGGUACGACGAGCGCAGUGACGUCUUUAGCUUCGGCAUCGUCCUGUGCGAACUGAUUGCCCGCAUUGAGGCCGAUCCGGAUAUCCUUCCGCGGACCGAGAAUUUCGGUUUGGAUUACAUUGCCUUCAGCGAACUGUGCCCCGAUUGUCCACCCGAUUUCCUUCAACUCGCGUUCUCCUGUUGCCAUAUGGACCCGAAUAGCCGGCCAACUUUCGAAGAAUUGGUGCCUCAGUUGGAACAAAUGAUUCGGCAGCACAAUAGCGGCCGAAGUGUCGACGCACCGACUUCAGACGUGGCGGCCAGCGACGCUGAUAUCCAGUCAGGUUUUCUUUCCAGUGGCUCGGAUGUCACCAAUGGCUGUCACUCACCCGAAGAGCCGAAAGAGGCCCAGCCAAGCAGCAAAUUUGACCAUGAUGUCUACCUCGUCCCGGGCAGUUCGCCCAGCGAGAAAGCUCGAUGCCACUACCUUCAAGGACGUGCUGCCAAGGAGAAGCCGUCCAAGGGGGAUUCGGACGAGACUGGCAAGGUCGACGAAUCGUCUCAGCAGAGCAACGUCGCUAGUCUUUUGUUGACUCCGAAACAUGUCGGCGAAGCCAUGUCUGCCGGCGAUCCGUAUUAUCGACCCAACUGCAAGGCUCAAAAUCCCUUUGCCACUCUGAAGCGAUUCAAGAACGGACGGAAAAUUCUGGAUACCGCGCGUGGGGGACUUUUCUCCAGCUGUUGUGAACUAGCUUGGCCGUUACGACUCAGCGGGAAAGGUGGCAACAACAGCGAACAGACGGAUGAGGCUGACAAGAGAAACCGCCAACAGAAUCUUUGUCGCACUGCCUCUCGUUCGUUGCCCAGCUCUCCAGCGUCGCCCCGACGACACCCAGGGGUUUCCAGUCUCGUCACGAGCCCGGCAACUCCCACGGAAAGACAAGAAACGCCAAAGUCCGCUUCUGCUGAAAAUCACCGUCAUUCCGAUGAGGCCUCUCCGCCGUCGCCCGUCUCUGUGCCAGCCGAGACUGCUGGCUCACGGAGGAAGGAUCACCUAGCCGUGCGAAGCUAUCGAGGGAAAAGCCAGGACGAUUCCGUGCUGGGCAAGCUGCGAUACUCCCCGUUGAUGCCUUUGAAACGACGUGGAUCAUCUGAAUCCGGGUUUUUUAGUGUCGGGGACGUGGAGCGGAUGAGCAGCAGCGAUUUGUCGCCGGAAUUUACCCUAUCGUUGGAUGACGGCUCGUUCGCUUCGCGUUCGAGGAUCGGCAGUUGUUCCAUAAGCGACCCCGAGGAUUUGGACAGUCUCUCUCUGCGCUUCAACCGAUCGUUUUCAUCGUGGACGGUCUUCAACCGAUCCUCUUCCGUUUACACUGACAGUUCUGAAGACCUGACGAGUCUCGGAGGGGAAGGCAGCGAAGAUCGAAAUUCUUCACUGGUACGUCGUCUGGAAUACGGAGAGAAAGACAUUGGCAAGAUCGUCGACUACUUCGAGUGCUACAUCAGAGGAGGCGGAGUGACGUCUGAAUCGAAAGAUAAGGCCUGUAUGGGGCGUGGAGUGCAAUGCACGACGAAUUCCGGGCUGAAAGCUCGCAUUCGACAGUUCCAAAACUUGCGUCAUGAAGAGAAACUGGGUCGGGAUAAGCUGUUGGCGUCGCAGUUGACAGAGAGAUUAACCGAAGCGGCCGGCCUGGAGAAGCAGUCGGCAGUCACCGCAGCUCCAAGUUCAACGAUAGCUAAAAAGCACGUUCCCCACCGACUCAAAGUCUGUGAGGGAGCCGUCCAGUCCAAGUUGUCCCUCUUCGACAAGAAAGUCAAUCAGAACUAAUAAUGUCUCUGCUUUCACUUCUCUGUUGGAAAAGUUUACCCCAUAAUUGCUUUAUGUAGUAACCCCUGUCCUCAAGCGGAACUUGGAACCGGAAUCGAAUUCAUACCUAAUUUUGUUGAUUCAACUUUUUCCAAUUCUUACUCAAUUUCCAUUUACAUUUGAUCUAAUCAUUGAUUUCCAUAUAUGUAAGGUAAAGCUUGAACGAGUGUGGGUUCCAUUUGUCCAAGUGAGCUCUGCAGCUGAAUUAACCAGUACCUGACCUGCUUCCUUGAGCGAUUAAAGAGGAAAAGGAUGCACGAGUCCGUCAUGAACUCAUGAUCACGUUGUUCACCCUAUCGGCCCAUUUGAGCUCUAUAUUUUUACUUAACUAUGCAGCUAUAUGGUAAUAAUAACUUGUGGCUUGAAGCUAAGUCAUGAACAGUGUGAAUCAAGCGUAUAAUGUAAUAUAACCGAUAUCCAGAUUGUAAAAAAGAAGAUAGAAAUAUAAACCGUUUCGCCCCGUAUUUUUUAGGAUUAACAUCACUCCUCCCAAUGAGCGCCGCCUCGCAUUGGUUGACCAUUUGUCGCCCUAGAAAGAUAUUUCUUGCCGCCCCAGAAUUCUUGUAGAAAUUUACUCGAGAGUCAAUAAAAAAUGAUAAUCAUUUUCUUCUAGAA